AUGGGAGUGAAGCUGGAGGUGUUUCGGAUGACACUGUACCUCACCUUCCCUGUGGCUAUGUUCUGGAUUGCCAACCAGGCCGAGUGGUUUGAGGACAACGUCAUUCAGCGAAAGAGGGAGCUGUGGCCACCUGAGAAGGAGGACCAGCGCCGAGAACUGGAAGAAUUCAGAGCGAGGAUACGGAGGCAGCGGGAGGAGAAGCUCCUUCGCGCUGCCCAGCAGAGCCCCGGAGACCCCCAAGGGCCUGUGUCCCAUCCGUGA